AUUAUUAUCGUAUUGGUAGUAGGAUAAAGAUUGUGUUCUGUUCUGUGUUGUAUAUUUGAGAAAUUAUCUUUAUAUUUAAAGUAAUAUAAUAUAAAUAAAACCAAAAUGUUGCGGCGAGUUACGUCUUCUAUUAUACAGACUCGUGGAAUAAAGCAUACUGUGAAUAUACAAUGGGUGAGACCUCCUUAUACGCCUGCAUACAAACCCGAAAGAUCUGGCGAUUUAGAGGGCUUACCACCAAUUCCUGAAACUGCUCUGGGAAAGGACUAUGCCUUGUCUGAAGAAAUCAAAGAUGCCCCAGAGGUUGUGAAGAAAAUAUUUUCGGUAGCACAUCUUGGAUCAAAGGAGUACAAUGCAUUAGUGAGGAAAGAAUUAAUGGACAGGGUGAAGCGGCAUGCAUAUGAUGAAAACACAGCCGAGAGCAGAAUUGCAAGGAUCACAGGGCAGAUUAGGUGUCUACAAGACAAUCUUGAGAGGUUUCCCAGAAAUGUUGGUGCAAAGAAAACAGCUCAAGAGUUGAUUGACAAAAGGAAGAAGCUGCUGAAAUUCCUGAGGCAGUAUGAUUACAAGAAGUUUGAAUGGCUCCUGGAGAAGCUUAACAUUGAAUAUAAAGAUCAUCCUGAAUCCUACCAUAAACUGACGCGUAAAGAGUCCCUCCGGAAACUGACAGAGAUGCACUGUGACGACAUAAGAAACAGCAAACUGAACGACUACAGGAACCUUCUAGAAAGCCAACAAGGUCCAUUCUUGACGGAGAAACUCGCCGCAUUGAAGUUUAUUAGGGGUGAACAGAUAGAAUUGCAGUUACCAGUGACAGUGUCAGAACAAGAUAUAAAGAAAGUUGAACAGCAGUUGGAGACCUGGAAGAUUAAAGAUGAUAUUAAACAAAAAGCAAAGAAAAAGAAGCGAAACCUUAUUGUAGAUACGAGUAUUGAAUAACCCUAGUGUAAUGUUGUCGGAAAUAUAUUUAUGAAUGUAGAAUGUUUA